ACUGGUUGGCAAAGUUGAGGGCGGCGACGUCUCGGGGAACAGCUGUUUGCGUUCGGGGCGGAGGCGGCGCGCAGGCUCCUCGGCCACGAGCCAGCGAGCCUAGAAGGGUGGAGGUUCUGGAUCCCAGGGGAAAAGAGAGUGAAGGCGGGAUGAUGCGGGGAUUUGAGGCGUGAGGUUCCUGUCCUUCGGCUCAGGUCCCGUCGCGCUUUCACCCCUUCUCGGUGACCUCAACCCCUUUAUACCGACCCCACCUCUCAGGCUCCCGGGGUACCGCCCCGUAGGGGGAGGGGAAGAGGAGGAGAUUUCGAACGCGGUUUGAGUCGCCCGGGCACCCGUAGUUGCGAACCGUGGAACCCUGGUCCCGGGGAAAGAGGGAGGUGUGCGGGUUUGGAGGCUCGGGUGGGCCUCGCGGCGGACCGGGUCCCGAGUCGCCCCGCGUGGGGAACACGAGCUCGAGCCGGACCCGGGGGCGACGCGCGGAGCGGCUGGUCCAGUCAUGGCAGACUACUGGAAGUCGCAACCAAAGAAAUUCUGUGAUUACUGCAAGUGUUGGAUAGCGGACAAUAGGCCUAGUGUUGAAUUUCACGAAAGAGGAAAGAAUCAUAAGGAAAAUGUGGCAAAGAGGAUCAGUGAGAUUAAACAGAAAAGCCUGGAUAAGGCAAAGGAAGAAGAAAAGGCAUCAAAGGAGUUUGCCGCAAUGGAGGCAGCUGCCCUGAAAGCAUACCAAGAGGAUUUGAAAAGGCUUGGCUUAGAGUCAGAAAUUUCAGAGCCAAGCAUAUCACUGGUAACAAGCACUGUCCCACCCACCCCUGCAUCAAAUCAGCAGAAGGAAAAGAAGAAAAAGAAAAACCCUUCAAAGGGCAGAUGGGUAGAAGGCAUAACCUCUGAGGGUUACCAUUACUAUUAUGAUCUUAUCACAGGAGCAUCCCAGUGGGAGAGACCGGAAGGAUUUCAAGGAAACUUAAAAAAGACAGCAGGGAAGACUGUUUGGGUAGAAGGAGUAAGUGAAGAUGGUUAUACCUACUAUUAUAAUACAGAAACAGGAGAAUCCAGAUGGGAAAAACCUGAUGAUUUCAUUCCACACUCUGGCGAUCUGCUUUCUAGUAAGGUCAAUGAAAAGCCACUUGGUACCCUAGAAGAGUCUAAAUCAUCAGAUUCUCAUAGUGAUUCUGAUGGGGAAGAGGAAGCAGAAAAAGGAAAGGCCUCUACAGAAACACAAAAGCCAAAAAUAAAGUUUAAGGAAAAAAAUAAAAAUAGUGAUAAAGGAAUUGAACCAGAAACACAGAAAGAAAAAAAUAUCCAAGAGCAAAAUUCAUCAGGUCCAAAUGAAGAAAAAUCCAAAGCUCAUAAAAAGUCAAACCCAUAUGGGGAAUGGCAAGAAAUUAAACAGCAAGUUGAAUCUCAUGAGGAGGUAGAUUUGGAACUUCCAAGCACUGAAAAUGAAUAUCUAUCAACUUCAGAACCUGAUAUUGGUGGGCAACCCAAAGUGAUAUUUAAAGAAAAAACAGUCACUUCUCUUGGAGUCAUGGCAGAUGGAGUGGCCCCAGUCUUUAAAAAGAGAAGAAUUGAAAAUGGAAAAUCUAGAAAUUUGAGGCAACGAGGUGACGAUCAAUAAUUAUAAAAGAGCUUUUUGUACUUGCUUUUUGGACAGCAUGGAGACUGUACAUCUUGAAGUUCUUCUGUGUUUGUUUAAAUGCUAAAAAUUUAGAUUUAUUCUAAAUGUAUUUUAUGUGAAUCUAAAAUAAAUCUUUUUUUAUGUGAAACUUAUUUUUGCUCCUAAAAUGGAAGCCUACCACAUUUCAUUGUAAUACAGUGUAUUAUGUUCAGUGUCUAAAAAUUGCUAAUUGUGACAUAAUAUAAGAUGCUAUGUAUCUGUUAUUUAAAACAUGGAAAAGCAAGGCCUUUAUUCCAUUCUUACUCAAAAGCACAUUCUUAUCCUGCACUGAAAACGCAUUACUUUUGCACACUGAUAUUAAUUUAUCCAAGACAUACGAAUCUGACCACAUAAGAGAAAAUUCACAGGCCCAUGAUGGUUCAGUUCUGAGGAUCCUGUCAGAAGGCUGAUGGAGAAAGUGUAUGUGUGUUAGCUUACCGUACUCAGUUUAAGGUCAAGGGCCAAAGAACAGGACUGCUACUCAGGUACCUCAAAUGUAGCUGCUUAAUAUGGAAUGAAAAUUGGACCAAAGGUAGAUAUGUGUAUUUUCCCAGUUCAGCAACAAGCAUUGCUUAAACAUUAUUACUUUAAGUUAGGCAUUAUGCUAGGAGCUGAAGAUAUAAAGAUGAAUAAGACGUAUCUCUGUUCUUCAUGACUUCUCAUGCUAGCAUAGUCAUUCCCACAGUCAUGUACUCUGUUUAACAACCUUAUAUGUACUGGAAAAUAAUUUUUAAGGCUUAUUUAAAGCUAUGUAGAUGAAAGCUUGAAAAAAAUGGUAUGGUCUCUGGCUUCCAUAAAGUUUUUAGUGUUCUCUUAGACAAAUGGGAAAUGUCUUAUUUUCUAGUUAAAUUUCUUAAAAAGUAGAAUUUUAUUUUAUCCAUUUGAAGUAAGUUUCUUCCCUUUAUUACUCCAAAAUCUUAAAAUUAUAUUUUUUAUAAAUUGUACAGUAUUCGUUUGGUAGUAAAUAUUUGUCUUUUUAAGUUUACUCUAGUGUACAUGUAAGAAAAUGAUAGCUUAUUAAAAACUAUGAAAAAU